AGUUAAUGAGGGCUCCCGGGGUCGUACUGACUGAGCAGGAAGGAAAGGCCAUGACGUAUUUAUUUCCACAGUAAGAAAAGAAAAAAAAAAGUUCUCUAGGUCUGAGAAGAUUUGCUCCUCUGUCCCUACACAAUGGAACAUUAAGCGGGAAGUUAAUCUAAGCAAGAACUGCUACGAUACCUGUGGACGGUAGCAGGUGGAGAGAUCUUAAGAUUUUCAAGACUAUGGCCAAUGAUUUCAACCUGAGCUUUCUCAAGGAGCUUGAGAGGGAGAGGGUUCUGGAGGUCCUGUAUCGAGACCAGACUCUUCAGAAAGCAGAAGAAGAAAGAAUAAGAAAGCUGAAAGCGCAUUUACAACAACUUCGAUGGAAAGGGGCAAAAAGUGCAACUAGAGAAUAUGAAGAGCGAUCAUGUGCUCGAUGCCAGAAGGCUCUUGGAAGGUUGCUGAACAGAGGUGCUGUCUGCAAUGGCUGCAGUCACAGAGUGUGCCAGGAAUGCCAGGUUUACUGCUCCUGUAUUGUAUGGCGGUGCACUGUCUGCAAUGCUCAUGGGGAAGUUAAAAUAAAGACUGGCGAAUGGUUCUUUGAAGAAAGAGAAAAAAAAUUUCCAUCUGCAGGAAAACCUGAAACAGUGGGUUCAAAGCUCUUGAAAUCCUAUGAAAAGAUGAGUAAGAUCUCCAUUGUUCCGCCUACUCCACCUCCCUUCUCUGAAAUCACUCCUGUGUAUAACUCUGUGGAGCUCACCAAAUCGAAAGGUUUUCAUAAAUCUGUGGAAAAUAUAUUUCUUUCCCUCACAACCCAAGUAAAAAAAAUUUCCCGGUCACAGAAUGAUAUGACUGAUAAAUUCUAUCUAAGCACAGAUUAUGGGAAGAGUGCAGAUAGAAGAAAGGAAAGGAGAAGUCAUUCAGACACUGCCAUCAAUAUAGCUAGUGAGCUUGAGAAGUCCAGCAGUCUACACCAGCUUAUUCACAAAGCCAGAGAGGAAGUACAUGAAGUCAGAAAUUAUGCAAGUCAAGAGGCAAAGGAGGGUGAUGAUCCAAACAAGACGAUGUUCUUUGGUAGUUUGAAAAGGUCUAGCAUGACCAGCAUCAACAGUGUUGGCACUGAUGUAGGCAGUGUGACUGGGGAAAUUGAACUUGCAAUUUCAUACAACCUGAAGACCUGCACGCUGGAGAUCUUAAUCAAAGCAUGUAAAAACUUAGCUCAUGGGGAAGAGAAAAGAAAGAAAUGUAAUCCGUAUGUAAAGACCUAUUUACUUCCUGAUAAAUCUCCAAACAGUAAAAUGAAAACGAGUGUUAAGAAAAAUACAGUUGAUCCAUCAUUUAAUGAAAGUUUAAAGUAUACCAUGAAACGUUCCCAACUGGAGACACGAACUCUUCAGAUAUCAUUGUGGCAUGCAGGCAGACUGAAGAGAAAAGUCUUCCUAGGCGAAGUGCUUAUUCCACUAGAAUUCUGGGACUUUGAUGACAACUCAACUAAAUCAUUUACUUGGUACCAACUGAAAGCAAAGCCAAAAAAGACCGAAGAGUUAUCUUUGCAGUAUCAUGGAGAACUGUGUGUGAAAAUCAGACUUGAGAGACCUCCAGUUUCUAGAACAUUCCUGUAUGAGCAUAUGUCAGAUGAUGUAAGACAUACUGAAGUGGUCCAGCUCCAUCUUGUGAUAAAAAGAGCCUGCAAUUUAUCGUUGAGACCAGAUGGUUUUGUAAGCCCUUUUGUUAAGAGUUGUCUUAUUAUGCCAAACAAGCAAGAAAUAAAGCAAAGGACUCCAGUGCUGAGAAGACAGUCCUUUCCAGAAUGGAAUCACACAAUCAUUUACAAUAUUGCAAAUCCAGGUGAUCUCGGGAUGUCUCGACUGGAUCUAACUGUAUGGGAUCAAGGUUUGAAUGAGCGAUUUCUUGGUGGAACCAGUUUGAGCUCAGGUGAGGAGGAUGUCGCCAUUGAUUGUGACCAAUCGGGACACCUUUUAUGGGAGCAGCUGCUCAGUACACCCAAUGAAUGGAUGGAAGAGACUCUUCUCUUACAAGCCAACAAGGGGGCGUUUAAUUUUUGACUUUCAUAUCCAAAUAUCACAUGCUGACUUGUCAUAUUUGGACCUAUCUUAAUGAAUAAUGAUAUCAAAGUUUUCUAUAUUUUGUGGCUGUGAAAAUAUGUGAGCCUCUUCUAGGAAAACUAUCAGAGAACGUGAAAGUCACCCUGUGCCUCAUAGCAGCCAAUGAUAGCUCGUGUGCCAUUUGUCUAGAACAAGCAUGACAUUUAAACUGAUUGCAGUUUCUGUAGUGAUUUAAAUAUCUUGCACGACUAAAAUACUGAAA